AAAGAUGCCCUCUUCUGUUUUCUUUAUAAGGACCUAAAGUGCCAAUGACUGCAUUUCAUCAGACCAGCAUCUGUGCUAAACUUGCAACAAUGACAUCUUUGGCUCUGGUUUUGGUAUUUUGUGCCUUUGUCUCUUUAAGCGAUUCUGCCUGCUCCAUGUCACUUCUAAAGCCAGGGGCAAAACAUUGUGUCGAUCGCUAUGAUAAUUCCAGGCAUCCAAUGGGAAGUACUUGGACAAAUGGCGAUUGUAUGAGAUGUAACUGCUCCCCCGGGAAAAUGGAGUGCUGUGACGCGAUGGGCCGAGUGACUAACCUGUCUCCAGACUGCAUUGUGAAGUAUGAUUACAACAAAUGCACAUUUGACGUGUUUAAUCCAACAAACCCCAACAUUAAGUGUUCUUAUGGCGCUGUUGGAAAAUAAUUUCCAAUUAUUGAGUAAUGUGUCCUUUUUGGAUUAAAAUGAAUAUCAACUGUUUUUGGAUCCAACUUGGACUACACUGUAAAAAACAUAUUGUGCCCGUUUUACUCAAUAAAAUUAAGGCAACUCCUUGCAUCAGC